GGGGUCCAGGGCUGAGGGUGCGGGAAGGAAGUGCGCGGGUCUCGCCCCUUCCCCCGCUGGUCCUUGGAGCCGCCGCCCGCUCUCCGGCGCGCCGGAGUCUCCGUGCCGUACCCUCGGUCCCCGGCCGCGCGGAGCCGGGAUGCACUGCUCCUGCUGUGGGUCCUCAUCAUGGAGACCAAACGGGUGGAGAUUCCCGGCAGCGUCCUGGACGAUCUCUGCAGCCGAUUUAUUUUGCAUAUUCCCAGCGAGGAAAGAGACAAUGCUAUCCGAGUGUGUUUUCAGAUUGAACUUGCCCAUUGGUUUUACUUGGAUUUCUACAUGCAGAACACACCAGGAUUACCUCAGUGUGGGAUAAGAGACUUUGCUAAAGCUGUCUUCAGUCAUUGUCCAUUUUUGCUGCCUCAAGGUGAAGAUGUGGAAAAAGUUUUGGAUGAAUGGAAGGAAUAUAAAAUGGGAGUACCAACAUAUGGUGCAAUUAUUCUUGAUGAGACACUUGAAAAUGUUCUACUGGUUCAGGGGUACCUAGCGAAAUCAGGCUGGGGAUUUCCAAAAGGAAAAGUAAAUAAAGAAGAAGCUCCUCAUGACUGUGCUGCUAGAGAGGUCUUUGAAGAAACUGGUUUUGAUAUCAAAGAUUAUAUUUGUAAGGAUGAUUACAUUGAACUUCGAAUCAAUGACCAGCUUGCUCGUUUGUACAUCAUUCCAGGAAUUCCAAAAGACACAAAAUUUAACCCGAAAACCAGAAGAGAAAUUCGGAACAUUGAGUGGUUCUCCAUAGAGAAAUUGCCUUGUCAUAGAAAUGAUAUGACCCCAAAGUCCAAACUUGGUUUGGCACCUAACAAAUUUUUUAUGGCUAUUCCCUUUAUCAGACCGUUAAGGGACUGGCUUUCUCGAAGAUUUGGAGAUUCUUCAGACAGUGACAAUGGAUUUUCUUCAGCUAGUAGCACACCUGCUAAACCCACUGUGGAAAAAUUGAGUCGAACCAAAUUCCGCCACAGUCAGCAGUUAUUUCCUGAAGGUUCUCCUGGCGACCAGUGGGUAAAGCACAGGCAACCAGUGCAGCAAAAGCCAUAUAAUAAUCAUUCUGAAACGUCUGACCUUUUAAAAGCAAAGAAUCAAAGUAUGAGGGGAAAUGGCAGAAAACAGUAUCAAGAUUCACCUAAUCAAAAGAAAAGAACGAAUGGAGUCCACAGCCAGCCAGCCAAGCAGCAGAAUCUCUUGAUGAAAUGUGAAAAAAAACUUCAUCCACGAAAACUUCAGGAUAAUUUUGAAACAGAUGCUGCAUAUGACUUACCUUGCUCUGGUGAAGACCAGUUGCUGGAACAUGCCGAGGGACAGUCUGUGGCAUGUAAUGGACAUUGCAAGUUCCCCUUUUCAUCCAGAGCCUUUUUGAGUUUCAAGUUCGACCAUAAUGCUAUCAUGAAAAUCUUGGACCUUUGAUAGCAGCAGAUGUGUUCUGGAAGUCCCAAGAUCAGAGACCUGUUGCAUUUGAGUGGGUGUCUCUCUGAGCCUUACCUUUCUCAGGUGUUUUAAAGAAAUGCAGGGAGGCAAUGAUGUUUCUGCAGAGAUUGUUCUCUGCAGAAGAGAGUAGAGAGAAACAUGAGUUUGAACUGUAAAUGCAGUUAAAACCUUUUAUACAGGUGUACCUUUUCAGUGUUUGGCUAAUGAAUUUAAGUUACUUUUUAUGAGGGCAUUUUUUUCUGUGAUUGUGGUUUUUAUUUUAUAUUCUGAUCAAGAAAACAGUGUUUGAGUUAUCAUGAAGUAGCUAAGUUAAUGGGAGUUCUCAAUCUACCCAUUUCAGUGAUUGCAAUAAUGGUUUCCUUACUUUGAAAAUUUAAAAGAAACUUAAAAUACACAAUUACUAAAUGAAUAUAAGAGCUGAAAUGUCACAGAAGUCAAGAUUGCAGGUCAUCUGCUUUGGUGGCAUUUUACAAACUUCUUUGCUUUAAUCACUUAGGUUCUCUAAUCCUCCUCUGCUUGGAGUUUUCUCAAAAGGUUUUAUUUAGAGCCAGCAUCUGAUAUAUGUUAUGUUCACAAUGAAUUCUUAGCAGCAGUUCAUUAAAGGACAAAGUCCUCAACCUGGAGAAGGACUGAAUUGGUUGGGUGGGGAGUUGCUGCUCUAACUUUGCGUUAUGCUGCCUGUAGCCAGUAAACCUUUGAGAUGGCUGGAGAGAGAGUAGCAGAGAUCAUGGAGGCCAAGACCCAGCAGCUGCUUUGGUCAUGUCUUUACCAUCUUGCCGCCAACCCUUUAGUGUUGUACAAUGAUUUUGUUCUUCUGAAAAUUUAUUCUAUAUUACGGUUGUGUAAAUAAGUAUAGAAUACUGACAUUAUUAGGUUUUACAUUGCAUCUCAGUGUUGAUCUCUGGAAACUAAUGUUAUAUUAGGUUCUAAUUUGCAUUGUAGCAGAGACUGCCCUGCUUUUACUAAGCAUGCUGAAGCCCCUGGAUGAUGGAGCGAGAAUGGAAGGGGUAUGCAAUUUACCCAAGUACAAGUAAAGCAUUUCACUAGGGGAAGAUCAGAUCAUGAAAAACCAUACAAAACUCCUAGGAAUGUAUUUUGCUCUUUUAGGAUUCUUAAAUCCAAAUAAGCAUGACCAUGCUCAUUUUUAAUAAGGAUUUUAGCUAUAAUUGAGGACAAUCACCAGGGCUUUUAAGGGGGCUUAAGUGUUUGGGCUGCUUCUGACCUCAAUGAAGGUAUCUCUCUCUGGAGGGUGGGGAGGGGGGAGCAUAUGCGUGCGUGUGCAUCGGUCAUGUGGGUUUUAAAAAUCAUUUUUUUACAUGUGGUAUCCACAAAAUAUAUCUCUGCUUGUAAAUUUUAUUGUAGAAAUCUUUAUUCUGUAUAGCUAGCCUAUUUAAUAGGGGUUCUAUUUAACCCAGUGGGGCUUUCAAAAGAAAUGCUAUUGUAAGGAAUUCACAUGGUAUUACUUUGCUUUAGCUUUUAAAUGGCCUGAUUUUAAAGGAGAAAUUCUAUUUAUUAAUAAAAGUGUCACCCUCUUGGUGCUAAGCAGGAGAAUUCACAAUUAUAACAUUGUGUUGAAAAUUGGGUUAUUUACAAUCCUGCAUCUUUUAGUGUGACAAAUUUGUGAAUCCUUCUGUGACCUUUUUAAAAAUGCAUUAUAUGAUUAUGUUUGGGAGCUCUUACUGUUCUUUCCAGAAAUACAGCUGCUUUGCUUGGGUCUCCUUGAGCCAUAUUUAUAGUUGGUCCCAGCAUUCCAGAUUUCUGUUCAAUUGUUAAGGGAGUGGAAACUUCGUUUGCCUGACAGGUAAAUCAUUUUCACUCAUUUACUGUCAUCUGGAAACCAUUUAACUUUUAGAGAUUGUGUGUGUGUGUGUGUGUGUGUGUGUGUGUGUGUGUGUGAAGUGAAUACUAUAGUAUGAUCAGUUUUCUGGUGCCUAGAGCUGGAUUUUUCAGCUCUCACAAUACUAAAGCAAGAGAUUAGAGAGUUUUUGGCUUUUUUGUUUGUUUGUUUGUUUUUUUAAUCAGAAGUAUGUCUUCUAAUAGUGUUGAGCCUUUUCAAGACCCAACAGAUUUUCUCUUUUCAGUUAUGGCAGUUUAACCAUAGUUAAAUGUUAUUGAUGUUGUGCUGCUUUACUUAAUGCACUGUGGAACAAUAAGGGUGUUGGGAUGGGAUUUUGAUAACUUGAGGCUUUUAGCUAUCUUGACAGUUUGAGAUAAAAAUGUUAAAAGAUGGGAGUUAAAGUUUGUGUGUGAUGUGAUUUAACUAUGCAGAAAACGUGUAAGUUGGAUGUACCUGCUUUAUGUGCAUCUGGUAUACUUAUUCCCUUGAACCUGUGUAUUAGUUUCUCAGUGUUCAGGUUACCUUGAGAAAGGCCAUGCUUAGCACAGAACUGGAUUUCUUCUUUGAGAAUUUUUAGCAUGGUUUGAAGAAAUCAAGUGAUAGAGUGUGCUGAAUAUGCAAUAAUUUACUUGUAUGUGCUGCAUUUUAACAAGCUAGAUGAGAAUAGUUGUGUUGGCUUCAUUCCGCUUAUGUCUUUGAGAGAGAAAUAGGUCUUUGAAUCCACUUUUUAAAUGUCGUUAUGCUCCAACCUUAUGAGUUCCAAGCUUCAGUGCACUGUGAAUCUUAUUUUUUUAAACUUUGUAGGUGCUUUUAUGUAUAAUGGUAAUGAUUCAUCAGAUGUUAAAUGAAUUGUUUUUGUACUUAACCAUUGUAAUCCAAAAGAUAGGGGUAUGGUUUACAUGCUUGCACAAGUUUUUAUUAAGAAAUAGCAAAUGAAUGGCUUUAGGAUUUCAAACAGUGACGUUCUUCUGAGACAUGGGCAUUUAGAGAAGUCUGAGAAUCUAAUAGAACUCUUAUGAGCAUUGGUGAAAUUUGAUUGAAGAUCUAUGGAAAUUAAGUUGGAUUUUUAUGUUCAUAUAUAAAGGCAAGUAAGUCUAUGCUAUCAAAGAACUGUGGUCACUGCUUGCUGCUUUGAGCUUUGGAUAUCCUUAUUUUUCUAUUAAAUAUCAAUUAGUAUAGAUAAUGAAGAUGUGUAGCAAAAUUUUAUGCUAUAAGAUUGGAUUGGUACUUUGUCUUUUAGUAAUUUGCGUGUACAGCAGUCCCUCCUCAUUUGUGGCUUUGUUUUGUUUUCCGCAGUUUGUUUUCCAUAGUCAACUGUGGUGUGAAAAUAAUAAAUGGAAAAAUUCAGAAAUAAACAAUUCAUAAGUUUUAAAUUGUACAUUGGUCUGAGUAGUGUGAUGAAAUCUCACGCUUUCUCACUUCCUCCAGCCAGGGAUGUGAAUCAUCCCUUUGUCCAGCAGAUACACGCUGUAUAUAGUACCUGCCUGUCAGUCACUUAGUCAUCUUGAUUAUUAUACCUACUUGUAUCAGUGCUUGUGUUCAGGUAACCCUUAUUUUACUUAAUAAUGUCCCCAAAGCACAAGAAUGCUGGCAAUUCGGAUAUGCCAAAGAGAAGUGGUCAAGUGCUCCCUUUAAGUGAAAAGGUAUAUGUGUAUGGGAAAACAUAGUGUGUAUAAGGUUGGUACUGUCCAUGGUUUCAGGCAUCCAAUGGAAUUCUUGGAAUACAUCUCCAUGGACAAGAAGGGGUCUACUGUAAUAUCAAGUAAAAGGAACUCUAAGUGAAUAAAUAGCAUCCUUCGAAGCACGGGGAUUAAAUUCUUCUAUAAAACUCAGCAUAUUGUAGUGGUCUUUAGAAAUGUUCAGAUCUAAGUGCAUGUGUACAUUAAAAAUAUUUCAUUACCUAGUCCCUCACUUUCUUUUUUUGGUCUCCAAGUUAACUUCCACAGUAAGGAGCAAAGUCAAUUAAAAAACCAGGCUUUUGCCAAAUUAUUUUUCUUACAUAUUUUGGCUUUCUAUAUUUUUGUACCAGUGGACCUCUGUCUGCUCAGAUUUUGUUUUGAUUGACAUCUUUUGUGUAUCAGCAUUCUCUGAGAUGUUAUUUUCUUUGCAUAUUAAUCAGAGUUAUAAGAUCAGACUCAUUAACGUUUUUUUCUGAUUGCAGAAGAAUAAGUGUUACCUAGUAAUUUUGAGUUGGAUUAUUUUCUAGCUUGGGGAAUCUAUUGUAACUUUAGAUUAAUGGUAAGCAAGACAAUAUCUGAAGGUAUCAAUAUCCUUUACCUUUAACCUGUCUCUAGGUAAACAAGUAUUAGUGAAACAACAGUUUUGGUAAAUAAAUCUUAUUCGCAAACAACUGUAGUCAUGAUGAAGUGCACUGCUUUUUUACAGGAACACAACCCGGAAUACACACAGCCAUGGUCAGGUGUGUGUCAUAGUCACUUCAUUUGGUAGCUAUACAUUUGUCACGAAUGGCGAUCCAUUCCUUUUCAUCUAGUUGCCUUGUGACAAACAGCAUUUACUAUUGAAAUAGUGAUCUGUAGCUAGGGAAGAGAGUCAAGCUGCCUCUCAUGCAUGGGAGUGGGCUUGAAGGGCUAGCUUCCAUGAGCUUCGUUGCUCAGACUUUAAAGUACAAAGAAGUGUAAAUAAAAUAUUAUACUAAAGUAUGGAAGUCUUAUAUCUUGAAAAUGUUCAUAAUUGAAUCUUUAAUCUGGGUCCCCAGAAUAAUGAAAUCACUGGUUAGAGAUUCCAUUUGUCUUGGAUCUUCUGUGGUUAGAGGGGAUGGUCUAGCUACAGUAGCAGUUUGAAAGCAAAAUCUGAAAGGAGUUAACCUUGACAAAGUGCUUGCGUUAACUGUGUAGUGUUGGUCAAGAGUACUCUGAGAAAAAAGAUUCACUACAUAAAUCAAUUGCCUUUGUAACUUUGUUCCACAUGGGCCCUCCUCUUAGUAGACUUUAGUCCUUCAGUUCAGUGAUAGAAGGCACUGAAUGUAUAUUUGCUGCUUUAUUAGUGGGAAGGUUCUUGCAGGUGUGGUUGGGUGUUUUGGUUGUUGGCUUUUGCCUGUUGGGCACCAUCUGAAGACCUCUUGUAUCUUAAUCUUUUUUCUUGGUGUGACUAGCCAUGAAGAGGACAUGGAGUCCUUCUCCCCAUUCUCACUACCCUCCUUGUCCCUUAUGUAGAAGAGUUGUUUUUUUUUUUAAAUUUCUGCUGCAUCUGAAUGGCGACUCUGCCACUGGGAAUUUGCAAGCAAUGAUCAUAUCUUGCCUUCCAGAGUUGAUCUCACUAUGACCCUUGGGCCCACAUGCAGAGGGCUGUAGACACCUGUGCCAUUUUGAGUGUCUCAAUGCAUGUAGCCGUCAGAUUGGUUUGGGAACAAAGAAAACUUCUGUGUGGUUCUAGGGUGAAAUGGGCAGUGUUCUGGUCCUCAGUCUUAGUUUUAGACUUUUUGAGGUAGAAUGUAACUUUUUAAUUUAAUCUUUUAAUUCAUUGAAUCUGAGGUUCUAAAGCAAUCUGUAGGUGCAAACUGGUGUGGAACAUUUUGGGCUUAAAUCUAUAUUGUUAGUCAUUUCUUAAGCUUUAAGUUGUUAGCUAGUUCUUUGUAAAAUGAUUUCUUGGCUAAUUAUGCUUUUGUGAUAUUUAAGAAUAGCCUAUGGAUAGCACCAAAUGAAUGCAAAGUAAAGGUUUUCAACUGAAUAAAAUUGAGAAAGGCAGUAAGUAUUUCUCAGCAGUUUGGUUGGUUAGAUGUGCUAACACGUUUGGAACAGAUGAAUAACAGUGGACUUGCACUCUUCAUGGACUAUACAUAUGCUAUGCACUGAUAGAAAGCACAAAAGACGACAUCUGCUAGAGUUUUUGUGCAGUUCGUCAUUGUCCUACGGCACUGCUCUCAUUUUAGGUUUGUUUGGAUCUUGCACAAGUACCUUUUAAUUUCAAAUGCAAGUGUCCAAGAACCGUCUUUAGUUUUACUUUUUGCUCAUAUUUCACUUCAGGGUUAGAUGAGGAGACAUGCUAACCUGAUUUCCAUUUUAUAAAUAUUAUAAACUCUUUUUCUUCAGUUACAAAUGGGGAAGGAAAAUAAAACCAUGAACUAUUUUACAUAAAUAUAUUUGUGUGUGUGUGUAUGUAUGUGCACACACUUUUCUUAUUGUUUUUGGUUUGCUUAUUAGUUUAAUACCUUAUAAAAUUGCCUUUGGGUAGGUAUUCAUAUAAUUCAGAUUUUUAAUUUUACUCGUUGGCUUUAAUGAAAAUUUCUAACCAUCUUAUUUCAGAAUAAAAGGAUUAAUCAAGUGGAAUUAAUAGUUUAUGUAUUAACUAACUUAAAUGCAAUCCUCUUAUGUAAGGUUGUCUUCCAUCUAAGCAAAAUAAGGACAUAUAAUUUAGUUUGGAUGGGAAAAGGAAUAAGAAUUGAUUUCUUUUUAUACCCUAUUUCCAAAACAAGCUAUGAACCAAGUGUCUUUUAUGCUGUAGGGACUAGGUAUGUUCAUGGAAGAUAUGUAAUCUUCAGUUUUUUGGGGAGUAGUUUGAGUCUGAAAAAGGUAAAGAUAUUUAUAAUGAGUCAUUUCAAACAAAUUUUAUUUGGAACUUAAAGCUGGUAGAAAAAUCGAAGUGGUUUCAUUAAAUAUAUGAGAUUCAUUUGAGGAAACGACUUUAGAAUAAAUGCGAUAGAUUUGUAAACUAUUCAGUAAUCAUUUUUGUCUUAUGUGAAAUGAUUUAACAUUAAUUUUUGCCUUAAUUAUAGCAAAGUUUUAUUUACCUUAGGACAUCUUAAUGUUGGGAGAAAGACUAAACCAUUGGUGUGAUUCUGUCUAUAGUAGAAGUAAAAUUUUUGGUGCUUGUUUUGGCUAAUUGUCAAACAUUUAGGGAGAGUAGAAAAGGUAUUAAUUCCAAGAUACCUGUCUGGUUCACUCUGUAGUUACAAGAAUUGAUACCUUUAGAGCAGGUUUGUUUUUUUACUGGCUGAACAGUAGCUUUGUCUCUUUCUCUCAGUGUUGAUGAAAGGCUAAGGACUGAUUUUUCACUUAUAUUGGGUAUGACUAUCAGUUUGUUUGUGAGAUUACUGCACUUCCAAAGUAAACUAGAAAUGCAAGUCCUGUGUCUUAACAGUUAUUGUGUGUUUUUUUUAAAGCUUUUUGAUGUAAAUAACACCAGUUUAGAAGUUACAAAAUACAAUUUGAAUGACGAAAGGUUUCCUUUGUAUUUGAAAACUUUUUCAGUUGAUUGGUCAAAUAUUGGCUUUCUGUAAAAACAUUAUGUUAAAUUUAGAUGGUUUGUAGUGCAAUAUCAAUAAAUUUUGCUGCUUGAGCAGUUUUAAUUACUACCUUAA